CUGUGCCAAAGCCGCCGCCACCCUAUUCGCCGCUCGCCUAUUCAUCGGGCCGCCGCUGUGCCAAGCUGCCGCCACUACUAUUCGUCGCUCGCCUAUUCAUCGGGCCGCCGCUGUGCCAAAGCCGCCGCCACCCUAUUCGUCGCUCGCCUAUUCAUCGGGCCGCCGCUGUGCCAAGCUGCCACCACUGCUACCCGUUUAUUAACAUUUCGACUGAACUUUGUGAUUUAGUGUUCUUCGUAAAAAGUUCUGAACGUGAUUUUAUUGUGUUUAGUGUAGUGUUUAGUGUUAUUUAAGGAAAUAAAUUUAUAACGUUUUAAGAAAAUAUUUUUGCUUCGCUCUCUCUCUCUCUUUAUGUCCUAACAAAUAAAUUUUUGUGACGACUCUGGCCCCCGCUGAACCUACCCCAGCUUCAAAGUGAAAACACGUCGUCACAAUGGCGCCCGAGCAGGGACUAUAAAAGAGAGAAAGAAUAAAUAAAUGAGUGAACAAUAAUUAGACAAAUACAGAUGAAAACCCAGUGAAAGAAAAACAGUUAAAAAAAAAAAAAAACUGAAACAAGUAAAAAUAAUAAUAAAAAAAAAAAAAAAAAAAUGUCAAACGAAAAGACAAUGUUGAAGGUCUCCUGGGCCUAUAUGCUAAAGCAAGAAGACUUGGUAACAUAUCUUACUGAAUUCAAUCUUGAUCCAGUUGGAAAAGUGGACGAUCUCCGAAAAAGAUGGGCUAAAUUUCUCCACAACGACCAUGAAGCCGAUGUAUACAGACGGCUUAUAGAGUUGCAGAACAAACAUGAAAGUACCAGUCCGACCAAAUCGCCGACAUUGCGAGCCGUCACAAAACAACCCCUUAUAACCGUAACACCGUGUGGAGCAGAAGCAAUAGUAUUAUCCCCAAUAAAAACAGAGUACGCCCUUCCCCACAUUUCCGCGGAAAGGUCACAUGGAGAGUCAAGCACAGGGGUAACAAACGAUCAAAAAGUACAGAAGAUGUCGCCAACAAACCCCGAAUAUGGAUUUCAAAAAGAUUCUCCGCCCAAGCCAUCCAAUAAUUCGUCGUUACUCGUAAUUCUCGACCAAAUCCGAAAAUGGAAUAUUACUUUUGAAAAUGGUAUGGACCCUAUUGGAUUCGUAGAACGUGUAGAAGAAAUGGCUGAAAUGUACAUCGUGGAAUUGAAUCAAAUAAUUAAAGUAAUGCCAGAGUUGUUACGAGGUAAAGCUUUAAUCUGGCUAAGGAACAACAACCGACACUGGACUACCUGGAACGAAUUUAAGAGUGAUUUUCUGAAAUUCUUUUUGCCACCGAGAUACUUUGAGAAAUUGGAGGAUGAAAUUAGGAGAAGGAUACAGCGUAAUAAGGAGCCGUUUAAGGAAUAUGUACUCUCUAUACAGCAUCUUAUGCAGCACACCAAUAUGACCGAAGAACAAAAAUUGGAACGAAUUUUUAGAAACGCGCAUUCGGAUUAUCAAUGGUACAUUCGCCGUAAAGACUUUACCACACUUUCGGAAUUGAUCUCCUUGGCAGACGAACUCGAAAGCAUACCAAAUAAUUCUCGGUCAGAACAGCCUCGAAAUCAACAAAACUAUAAUCGACGUGCGGACAACUCUAGAAAUAACCUGUAUUGCACCAAUCAAGGUGACCAAGUGCUAAACGAAAGCUCAUCCAAUCCAGAAACGCAGCAGGAUGAACCCCCGGCAAAGAAGAGUAACCAGAAUAUUACAUCAUUGCAAUGUGAAGAAUAUCGCCUUACUGCAACUGUCUUAAUAGAGGGGAAAGCUAUUAAAGCAACUGUCGACACUGGUGCCACUAGCUGUUUUAUAAAAAGAGAAUUUGCGGAAAAAAUCAAGAAAAGGUUUACUUAUUCACGGCAUGAGGCAAAUGUUAUCCUCGCAGACGGCACCACGGUGAACAUCACAAGAUCAACAGUGUUACCUGUUACAUUUGGAAACCAAAGCUCAGAUGUUACAUUUCUCAUCAUGCCGCAAUUCAAGGAAAACAUCAUAUUGGGAUUGGAAUUUCUAAAACAGUUCCACACGACCAUUCACUGCGCCGGUAUAAGUGUCAAAUUAAGUAAGCCAACCACAUCAACGGAGCAUUGUACCGUGGCUAUAGGAGAGGAAACCCCAUCAAAAGAGACAUUAAAUUGACAAUACCCAAACUAAUCAGUGUCCUAAUAUAAGCCCAUACUUCAAAGACCAUCGCAAUUCUCAAAAUUUCAACAUCACGAUGGAGCAAGAUAGCCCCAACACGAAAAAAUUCAAACGGGCGAAGGAGAAAUUUCGAGCUCAUCUGGAACAAGUCGAGGCUCAAAGGCGAAGGACAAUAUUUUUAGACGAAGGUCCUAGUACCAGCCGAAAGAGGAGAACAAAUCAAUACCGUAAGCCCAAUCCAAGAAAGGGUAGCAGUCAAUCCUCAUCGCCCCAGCACCAAAUAUUUUACCGAAUGUGCAGCACAACCCCGAAUGACGUUCCACAGCAAAAGUGUAACACGACCGAAAACAACAGCGACGAUAUCGAUGAAACUGACUCUUUGAACGAGGAAACCCAGCCUAGUAGUGACGUCCCGCGUACACCAACCUACGCCCCGUGUUUUGGUUCGCCAAAUAGCUUUAAGCCGGCUUCCGAUGUGCUCUCAACACCCACUUCAAGGUGCUCAGAAAUGCCUGCUACACCGGGUAAAGAAUGGUGUCGUGACUCAGAUGACGCAUCAACUCUUCCUCGGCCCAAUAUGGAGGAGUCGGAUGAAUCUCAAUCAAAUUUCGAAAUGGAUGAAGAAUGUCGGCGUAUGUUUUACGGUUACUUAGAAACCUCAGUGACUCGGCGAGCACAGUCACCCUUAUCCUCGAAUAAUUCCUCGCUGGAUGAGUCGGAUAACGAAGAUCAACGUUCCUCGUCUCCGCCAAAAAGGUAUGGACUGGGAUUUGUCCGUCAGAAAGAUAGCCAAUACAAAUAUCUCGGAUUUCGCUGUUAUGAGAGAACAGUUACUGUGCAGCUUUUGGUCCCCGACUCCGGGGAAAAUCCAAUAUAUGAAAUAACCAACCCACCGCCGGAUAAUCAUCGUACGCCCUCACCCACACCCGCGAUAGGGGAAGAGAUCAACACCGAAGAUAUCCAUUCAAUAUCCAACACCUCACACAAACAUGAGGAGGUUCCUACUUCAUCCUCACAUGCUUUCGCACAUUUAGAAGAAGACUCCAGAUCGACCGCAAGUAGUUUUGUGACAGUUUCCGAAGAUCCUAGUUUUGAGUGGUGGACCCAAUGGCAGACGCUGGUUGGUGUUCCUCCAUCAUCACCGCUAUAUAACAUAACCGAACAAGCAAAUCUGUUGCAUAGUGAUGACGUACAAAUUCCAUCGCAAUCCAAUGCUGCCGUCAUAUCGGACGAUCACAGGUCCCCCAACGUGAAGGAAGAUAAAUCAUUACCAGGAACGCCGGGACACGUUGUCGAACUGUCAUCACCAUCGAUAUCUUCCCGAUCGUCAUCCUCAUCCUCAUCAGCCUCGUCGUCUUUAUCGUCAUCCUCAUCCUCAUCAGCCUCGUCGUCUUCAUCAUCAUCCACAAGCCAAACGAUGACACCUCAUCAGCCAACAUUGUGUAGCAGUCAACCUUCCAUCGAUGAAGUGUUUAUACCCAGUAAGGAGAAUAAUAGCACACCAAGUACAAUCAAAUUGCCAGUCACUGAAAUCCCAACUGAGUCAACGCCAUCGUCCUCGACAGACAAUCCCGUGAACGAUAACACAUUUCUCGAACUGCCAAAUUAUCCCGAAAACCUACAAAUCCGUAUCGAGAAGUUUAAAAACAAUUGGAAAAAGGGACACAAACUGAAGCGAAUUGUUAAACAAGAUGGCAAGCAGUACCGCAUAAUAAUAUCAGCAGACGGGGUAGUGAAGGUAUCUCUCCGAACUUCUGCAAUUGGUCUCUAACAUACCUUCCUAUUCGACCGAGAUAUAGUCGAACUAAAGUGCCCAUGUCGGAGAAAUAAAAGGUUACAUAACACCCUAGGGCUUCCUGGCUAUUGAAACCCAAUAGCAAUAGAGAAAGCAAAUCAAGGAAUCAAAAAUCAGAGGGAGGAAGAGAUGCCAUGUAACGCCCAAAAGUCAUGCUUUCGUUUUUGGGGUACAUUAUUAUUUUAAAGACCAUUUUUACUUACUUAUGUUAUAUACAUCAACUAUGAAUUAUAUUUUUUUUGUUUGAAAAUGAAUUAAAAUAUUUAAGUUAUGAAUUAAACUAACAGCUACUCAGGGUCAUGUAAUUUAAAUGUAUUUGAAUAUUAACGGUCACACAGGUCCCCUAGUAGAAAGAAGUAUACUUAAAAUACAACAUUGGAACCCCUGGUGGCAACUGGCGGAACUACGCAAAACUGUCAGAUUGGGAUCAGCUGCUGUCAUGAGAAAACAACAAUCGUUGUCCAGCCAAAAAGGUAUAAAAGGAGACGCAUUUCACACAAUCGGGAUCAGUCUUCUGUUGAUGGCUGGUAAGUCAAGUGUGAUUGGGAGGAAGAAAAGGCGCGCAACCUCGGUUGAAUUGAGUCUUAGUAAGCCAAACAAUAAGCCUUGACUAUUUGUGGAGACUGGACUGGACUGAACGCAGGGUCAAGUGAGGGUUGUAGCAAUACUCCCUAUUCUUCGGGCUGCGUUGACGGCGACUGAACGCAGGGUCAAGUGAGGGUUGUAGCAAUACUCCCUAUUCUUCGGGCUGCGUUGACGGCGACUGAACGCAGGGUCAAGUGAGGGUUGUAGCAAUACUCCCUAUUCUUCGGGCUGCGUUGACGGCGACUGAACGCAGGGUCAAGUGAGGGUUGUAGCAAUACUCCCUAUUCUUCGGGCUGCGUUGACGGCGACUGAACGCAGGGUCAAGUGAGGGUUGUAGCAAUACUCCCUAUUCUUCGGGCUGCGUUGACGGCGACUGAACGCAGGGUCGAGUGAGGGCUGUAGCAAUACUCCCUAUUCUUCGGGCUGCGUUGACGGCGACUGACGUACUCAUCGGGCUGCUGCUGUGCCAAAGCUGCCGCCACCCGAUUCGUCGUGCGCGUAUUCAUCAGGCCGCCGCUGUGCAAAGCCGCCGCCACCCUACUCGCCGCUGACGUAUUCAUCGGGCCGCCGCUGUGCCAAAGCCGCCGCCACCCUAUUCGCCGCUCGCCUAUUCAUCGGGCCGCCGCUGUGCCAAAGCCGCCGCCACCCUACUCGCCGCUGACGUAUUCAUCGGGCCGCCGCUGUGCCAAAGCCGCCGCCACCCUAUUCGCCGCUCGCCUAUUCAUCGGGCCGCCGCUGUGCCAAGCUGCCGCCACUACUAUUCGUCGCUCGCCUAUUCAUCGGGCCGCCGCUGUGCCAAAGCCGCCGCCACCCUAUUCGUCGCUCGCCUAUUCAUCGGGCCGCCGCUGUGCCAAGCUGCCACCACUGCUACCCGUUUAUUAACAUUUCGACUGAACUUUGUGAUUUAGUGUUCUUCGUAAAAAGUUCUGAACGUGAUUUUAUUGUGUUUAGUGUAGUGUUUAGUGUUAUUUAAGGAAAUAAAUUUAUAACGUUUUAAGAAAA